AUGGCUACCCCCAGUGUUCUUACCUUUGAUGCUGAGGGUCGUGCUGUUGACUUUGAGGUCUGGGUCGAUGACCUCCAGCUGUUCCUACAGUGCGAUAGGGUAGACGGACUCUCCCUGUUCGAUCUCACCUCUGGUGCCUCCCCUGCCCCGCCUGCUACUGCUGACAGCACUGUUCGCUCACAGUGGGCCACACGCGAUGCUGCUGCCCGUCUUGUUGCGCGUCGCCACUUACCGACCACUAAGCGUGCGCACUUUAGCCAGUACAAGAGUGCUAAGACCUUGUACGACGCUGUAGUUGCACGCUACUCUUCCCCUACCACUGCUGCGCUGAGCCGCCUCAUGCUACCGUACCUCUUCCCUGACCUUGCUGCCUUUCCCACAGUCGCUAACCUCAUUACGCACCUCCGCACUAGUGACACUCGCUACCGCGCUGCGCUUUCUGCUGAGCUCUGUGCCAAGAACCCCCCCCCCCCCAUGUACAUCACCCUCUACUACAUAGUCACCCGGCUCCCUGACUCCCUUCGCUUAGUCAGGGACCACUUCCUCUCAGUUUCCCUCACCACACUCACCGUUGACCUCCUCGAGGAGCGCCUCCUAGCAACAGAGAAGAGCAUAGUCGCUGUAGGAGCCUCUCGUGGUGACCCUCGCACCCCCAUCUUUGAGGGGUGUUCCCCUUCCCCCCUCCUGCCCUCUAUUGCUUCAGCUGCUGCGGCCGACCUCGUUGGUUUCGAGUCGGUCGGCGCUGCGUCUACCCCUAGCGAGAGACGCCGCACCGGCAAGGGCAAGGGGGGCAAGGGCGCUGGAGGGGCUAGCGGGGGCGGUGGAGGUGGUGGUGGAGGCAAUGGAGGGAAUGGGGGUGGUGGUGGGAGUGGUGGAGGGGGUGGAGGUGUCGGUGGCAGCAGUGGAGGCGGAGGAGGCGGCGGCGGUGGCGGAGGGAGCGCAUGCGGCAGAGGUGGCGGAGGCGGCGGAGGUGGCGGAGGCAGCGGAGGUGGCGGAGGCGGCGGCGGCAGCGAUGGAGCUGGUCGUGGCUCUGCGCAGAGGAGUGGGUCCGGUCGCGGUGGGGGUACUGGUCUCUGCACCUACGUCCUUCGCACCGGCGACCACGCUGGUGAGCAGUGCGGGGGCCCGCACUCCACCCAGCGUUGCUUCGGCCGCCUGACGGACACGUGGCGUCACCAGUUCCCUGAGGCCUCUGAGAUCCCUCGCUAG